GAUUAAGCUCUUUGGAAACAACUGGUCUAAGAAGCAAACAAAAGAUUGGAAAAUAAGCAAAGAAAUAAAAGUAGUAUAUGAUGAUCUAUAUUGCCUAAGUGAUCCAGAUGACCCAUCAUCAGAUACAUAUGUCACGUUGAUCAUCAAGUCUGCUUUUGCAUCUGAUAAGGAACUAACACGAGAAAAUGCUGAUGAUGAGGAUGAGCAGUACAAGAAGGAAAAAGAAGUACAAGAUAGCCUGCAACAUAGUGAAUAUGCUUCUACUGAUAAAGAGUUAUACAAUCUUUAUCAAAGCCUAGAAAAUGAUGUAAAUUUUAUGGAUUAA